CAAUUAUAUCGUCUUACGGUCUUACCACUACUUCUACUCUGAAUCCGUCAAUUGACGAUUCUUUUGGUCCUUUUUUUUCCAAAUUCACUCUAAAUUUAUUGUCUUUAUCAUUCCUACUUUGAAUCCGUCAAAUUUCAAUUUAUUUUGUCAUCAAUUUCCAUUGAUGUGACGAACAAACCUCUAAUAUUUAUUCAAGUAGUUAUCUUUAUUAAUGGCUGAAAACAACAUCAAUGGUGAAGAAAAAUUGAUAGCUGUAGCAAGACAAAUUGCUAAAUCUUUAGGUCAUUCCAAUUCUAUGACUGACGAUAUUAUCGACAUUUUUUCAACUUUCGACGGCCGAUUUUCUCGCGAUAAACUAUCUCCAUUUUCCGACACUAUGCUCCCGGAAUCUCGACCAGCAUCAUCGGCGGUUGCUACCUUGGAAGAAGCUCUUACUUCUUUAGACCGUCAAAUCUCUCAUUUUCUCUCCUUUGAACGGCCGUUUUGGUCAAACGCUUCUGAUGCUUCUGCAUUUCUUGAAGUUGUUGAUGAAUUGAUAGGUACUAUUAGAGAUUUUUCUCCUCUAGGUCGAGAUAAUAAAUCGCUUGGUGUUGUUUUGGAUCGCGCUGAUGAGCUGCUUCAGUCGGUGAUUUUUAAGUUGGAGGAAGAAUUUCGCGGUUUGAUUCAUCGCGGUGUUGAGUCUUUUGAUUUGAGUCGUGACUUAUCCGAUUCUGACUCGGAAGGUAAGUUUGAUGAUGGUGAAAUUCCGGUUGCUCAUCCUGUUACUGAUUUUAAUAUUAUUAUUGACGCUUUACCGUCGGCGACGAUUAAUGAGCUUCAUGAAAUUGCGAAGAGAAUGGUGUUUGUUGAGUAUGGAAGGGAGUGUUCACAUGUUUAUAGUGCGUGUCGGAGAGAGUUUCUUGAGGAGAGUUUAUCGAGGUUAGGGUUACAGAAAUUGAGUAUUGAUGAAGUUCAGAAGCUUCCAUGGCCGGAACUUGAGGAUGAAAUUGAAAGAUGGUGUAAAUCGGUGGUUUUUUCAUUAAGAAUUUUAUUUCCAUCGGAGAGACGAUUGUGUGAUCGUAUUUUCUAUGGAUUUGCUUCAACUUCAGAUUUCGCAUUCAUGGAGGUUUGUCGUGGUUCGGUGAUUCAACUGUUGAAUUUUGCUGAUGCAGUUGCGAUUUCGAGUCGUUCUCCUGAGAGAUUGUUUAAAGUGCUUGAUCUAUAUGAGACAUUGAGAGAUUUGCUUCCGGAGUUUGAGAUUUUGUUUUCUGAUCAGUUUUGUGUUUUCUUGAGAAAUGAAGCCCUAGCGAUUUGGAAGAGGGUUGGGGAAGCUAUCCGAGGGAUUUUUAUGGAGUUGGAGAAUUCAAUUCAGCGUGAUCCGGCAAAAGUUCCAAUCCCUGGUGGUGGACUUCAUCCGAUUACACGUUAUGUGAUGAAUUAUCUCCGUGCUGCGUGUAAAUCACAGCAGACACUUGACCAGGUGUUCGAGGAGGAGAAGGAACGAGCAUUGUCGGGGAUGAGCUCAUUGUCCGUGCAAAUGGUGUGGAUUAUGGAGUUGUUAGAGAGCAAUUUACUGGCAAAGUCAAAGGUUUAUAAAGAUCCUGCAUUGAGCUCUGUAUUUAUGAUGAAUAAUGGGAGGUACAUUGUUCAGAAGGUGAAAGAUAGUGAGCUAGGGUUGUUACUUGGGGAGGAUUGGAUCAGGAAAUACAGUGUGAAAGUGAGGCAGUUUCGUGUGAAUUAUCAAAGGAGUACAUGGAAUAAGGUGAUUGCUGUUUUGAAGGUGGAGAAUGGUGGUGGGAGUAAUAUUAAUGGGGGAAUGAAUUCGAGGUCAUUGAAAGAGCGGUUUAAAUUGUUCAAUGAUUACUUCGAGGAGCUCUUAAAUAUACAAUCCUCUUGGAUUGUGUUUGAUAAUCAAUUGAGGGAGGAAUUGAAGACGUCUGUCACUCAAAAUCUGCUACCCGCUUAUCAGAAUUUCAUUGGAAGGUUCCAGAUGUCUACAGAAGCAGGAAGGAACCCAGAGAAGCAUAUCAAGUAUAGUGUUGAGGAUGUUGAGACACGGAUUAACAAUGAACUAUUUCGAGGUAAUAGUAAUGGUGGCAGGAGGUGAAACCGGUGGUGAAUCGAUGACCAAUUGAUGUUGUUUGUGUUGUAGAACAUUGUAACAAUGUCUGUAUUCUUCUAUAACAAUGUAUGAAAUUUAUCAGUACGGCAUAUGGAUUGAAAUGGUAGGUCUCUUCAAAAGUUUUGGCAAUCAACGGGUAGUUUUCCCACUGCGGAGUGUAGAAUAUUUGUUUGAAACCAGUGGUGUAUCCAUGACAAAUUGGAGAUUUGCUGGUAGUUUUCCACUGGUGUGCGUAAAUGUUUAUUUCAUCUUACUAAUGUGAAUUUUAAUUCUUUGUUCUUCCAUUUUCUGAUUUUGAUAAAGGAAAGACAGCUUUCAAUUGUCAUACAUCUUUGUAUAAAUGAUUUACUUGAUUGUGUAAUGUUUUCAAGAAAGUUCUCUUCAGAAUUUCAUGCUCACUUAUAGAACUUAAUGUAUUUUCAGCAUGUUUUGUUCAUUUUUGUAGAAUGAUUGAUUUUGUAAUGUCAUGGAGAUGUUCGAAGCAUGCCAUCAAGUUGUUACUCAUUUUAUCAUACUGGUAGGGAAUUAGUGUAAAUAGGGGUUGCUGAACAGGUAAGGAAAUUCCUUUUUGUACAAUGAUGAAUUUUAAAUUGAAUUAUCUCAUGCUUCUUUGUCUGAACUAGAGCUUCAGAAUAUUUGGCUAGUUUAUCCUGAUUUAUGUGCACUGAUCAUGUAGGAUACAAGGAUGUAAGCAGUCGAGGUACAAACAUGACACAUUUGUGCAAUUUUGGGAUCGAAUUGGGGAAUGCAGAAGCAAGUUUAAAGUGUGAUGUUCUUAACAUCCUGCUUUGAGAUCCAUAAACGGGGUGUAUAUGUCUGCAUAUAAUAUCCGAGUUCCUGUAAAUGAUGCUUGUGUAUGAGUCAUCUGAAUUGGAAGACAACCAAUAGGAGGAAGCCCAGACACUAUCAUGGUACGACAUCCGAGUUCAUGCAACUCCUGCAGGGGCAUAUUUUAAAGAAUGGAGGAGUAUCUGAAUUACAAUGGAUUUCAGGUUUCUGGUUUCAUUAUACAUGCCAAAAGAUACUCAAAAUAGAUUCGAUCCGACCUUGUAUAAUCGAGUAAGACUUUAAUUCGACUUUAAAAAUAUAUUUACAAUGAUGGUACGAAUAAAUAACUCUAGUUCAUACUAUGCAUGACUUGAUUCAUACCUUAUAUAUAAUGGUCCUAUCACAACCACAACUCUAAUAUCAAAUAUAUCUAUUAUUAAUCGGUUAAAUUGCUAGAUUUUUUCACAAAUAUAUACUACUUGACAAUUAUUGAAUGAAAAUAGCUUGGAUCCAACAAUGGUAGGAUAAUGGUUAGAAGAUGAGUGAAAAACAGAGCGAGAAACAAAAGACACAAUAAACAAGCAACACAUUGUGUUAAUGAGGUAUCAAAUGAUAUCUUCCCCUCAAAAGAUGAUUACUUUCAUUAAUAUAUUUAACAAUACUUGAGAAUAAGCUCUCAAGAUAGUGAUUUCAUUCAGCAAUGAAUAUUACUCAUAAACUAACACAAUGAAAAAGAAAACUCUUGUGGUAGUCUAACACUAGCUUUCUCUCCUGGAUUAGCCUUACUCUCUACCUUCUAAACUUGAUUUUAGGGCCAUAUAUAUAGCCCCUAAUGUUUAGAAUAACCUAAGGCAACUUUGGACUUAUUCCCAAAGCAUUCAGCUCACAAAAAAACCCCGCAUUUUGGCCUUGCUGCACAUGCUUGAACGAGCUCGUAGCAUGCUCGAACGAGCGACUCCUCCUGGGCACCUACUGCCUUCAUGCACCUGGUGCCUCGCUCGUGCUCUUCUUCCUUGUGUCUUGCCUCAUUUAAGGCACAAUGAAAGAUCCCUCUUGCUCCUUUGCCUUCAUCAAGGUACCUCAAAUGCAUUCCCUUGAUCACCUUAUUAAGUGAUCCAAACGUUAUCUCUCCAUCCUCCAUUUCACAUCUAACACUACUCUCAAGUGUGCAAGAUAAUGCAUGAGCAAUUAGGUGAUCAUAGCCAUCACCAACUAGUUGAGAUUUAAGACUUGUCACAACAAUUAUUAUAUGUUUCCAAAGAUGGCAUAUAUAUAUAUAUAUAUAUAUGACUUUUAUUUAGAAAAAUGAUUCGGGUGGCGAAGAUGAAUACAGUAGCAAGCUAGUCAUGGUUCAAGCAUCAUUAUGUGUGAUGCAUUGUGGUCUUGACUCUUAAUAUUUUUGGGCCUUAAGCAUGCCCUUAAAUUAAUUUUAAUUUAAUGAGAAUUUGUUGGAAAACAAGUACUUUUUAAUAUUAUGUUGUCCCAAUAUUCGGAUGUUACCUCACGGUUUGCAGUGUAUGCUUCAUUGAUAUGACAAGAUUCUGAUAAGUGGCGGUGUCAAAAUUUUCUUCUAUGCGUUUGUACUGCACAAUAGCUUAUUUAAGUCAAGAAACUAAAUAUGAUUACAAAACUUAAAAGCUACCCGUAAAGGCUAAAAUACCAAACUCCCCCUAAGUAUAAUUAUAUUUACAAAAUUACUAACAUGUGAACUUGAAUAUUGAUAAUUAAACAAUCACAAAUUUUUAUGUUGUCUUCGAUAGGCCGGCUCAAAUUAAAAAAAAAAAAAUGAAAUUAUUUAAUUAGGCAUUUUCCAAUGUAAUUUAUGUCAGGUUAUUGUAUUUGGGAAAAUGCACACCCAUUAUUUUGAUUUAUCCUCUUGUAAUACGUGCUAUUUUUCUUUCCAAAAACUGCAAUCAUCAUUUAAAAAAAAACCUUCCAUAUUCAGUUUCUUCCCCUCCCAUUUUCAGUUUCAAUCAACCAUUUGAUUCGCCAUUUUGCUUUUCUUUCUUCAUCUCGUUUCCUUUCUCCCGUACACUUGUUCUUUUCGCAAUUUUUUGAAGCAAAGACAUUAUUUUGUUCCUUCAUAUACAAACAGGUAUGGUAAAAUUUUAGUUUUUUUUUUUAUUUUUUUCCUUCGC